ACAAUUUCUGGUUUUAAGUUGUUUUAUUCUGACUGUAGGCUAUACCUCAUUUAUUAGGCCUACACGGUAUAGUCGGGUAGGUAGGCCUGCAAAGCUAUGUUUGAAAUAGCACCUGUUAUACAUUCAGACAAAUUCCCUUGUCAAAAUGUAAACUUCCUGUUACCAUACCGACGGAGUCAUGGGCAGGGCUUCGGAAACCGAUGCCCAAGGGGAAAGAGAUGGCAUUGAAUUCAUGUUGUCAGUACGGCAAUCGUAAGUGUAGGCUAGUCUGGCUGUUGCUAAGUUGUGUCGGACAAACGAAAAGGAUGAAAAGCGCCCGUAAUCUAUGUAUCAAGAAAUGAACGCGAAGACCCCAUGGCACAGUGGGAAAGUGAUUUGUGUGGCCUUCUUCUUCAUAGCUGCUAUUGUUACCAUUGUAUCCAUCGCCAUUGUACAGAACAAACCAUUGCAGCAGAAAUAUAAGUACGGAAUAGUUUUGGAUGCCGGCUCCUCGCACACGGCGGUUUACAUCUACCAGUGGCCUGCGGAGAAAGAGAACAACACUGGAAUGGUCAGUCAGCUAGUCAAGUGUAAAGUAAAAGGAAGGGGCAUCUCCAGUUAUUCCCAUGAUCCCGCGGGAGCAGGUCGGUCUCUGGGGGUGUGUCUAGAGAAGGCCAAGGAUAGCAUCCCUGCAGUAAAGCACCAGGAGACCCCCGUGUAUCUGGGCGCCACAGCAGGGAUGAGGUUGCUCGAAGAGCAGAACAAACCAAGUGCUUUGGAGGUCUUGGAGUCAGUGGAGAAGACGUUACAGGCCUCUCCCUUCGACUUCCAGGGGGCACGCAUCAUUACUGGCCAAGAAGAGGGGGCCUUCGGUUGGAUUACCGUCAACUACCUAAGCAAAAACUUUCAAAGGGCUGCCAGAACAAUGGGCGCUUUGGACCUGGGGGGUGCCUCCACCCAGAUCACCUUUGUGUCCAAGGAGAGCAUAGAGUCCCCUGGCAAUUCCAUGGCAUUCCGACUUUAUGGAAACGAUUAUCAGGUGUACACCCACAGCUUCCUGUGUUACGGGAAGGACCAGGUCCUCAAACUAGCCUUGGAGAAAAAACUCCAGUCAGCUAACGCCUCCUUAGAAGACCCCUGCUUCCACCCGGGCUACACCGAAACAAAGCCGUUUACGAGGGUGUUCGACAGCCCAUGUGUCCAGGAUGUAAGCGAGGAAGUCAAGAGUAAAACUUUCACACACACUGGCUCUGGCAGCUUCCAAGAGUGUCAGAAUUCCAUCAAGGAUGUCUUUAACUUCAGCAGGUGUACGAGGUCACAAUGCUCCUUCAAUGGAGUAUAUCAGCCACAUGUGGAAGGGAUGUUUGGGGCCUUCUCUGCCUACUACUUUGUCAUGAACUUCCUAAAUCUAACAGGCAAAUCCUUCGAAGAGACCAAGAAGGGGGUGGAGCAGUACUGUGCAACCCCAUGGGAUACGAUAAGGCAAGAACAUCCCAAAAUUGAUGUGAAGUACCUGGCGGAGUAUUGCUUCUCUGGGACCUACAUAUUGACUUUACUGGAAGACGGCUACAAUUUCACAUCCGCAACUUGGAAAGAUAUUCACUUCAUCGAUACGAUCGAAGGCAGUAGUGCAGGCUGGAGUCUGGGCUACAUGCUGAACCUGACCAACAUGAUUCCUGCCGAGGCCCCCGACACACCCCUGAUGCCUCACGGGGGCUUUGUCACCCUCAUGCUUUUCCUCUCCCUCUUCCUCCUUGUACUCCUCCUCCUCGGCUACACAUUCCUUGGUCGGCCAUCUUGCUUAUCUCCGAAGGAGAUUGUCUAGCAGCAGACCCGGCGUCUUACGGGCCCAGAUCUCACAGGGACAAACACGACCUGUGGAACUAAGGGGACUACAAUGUGACCACUAUGGGAGGUGUUUGAUGAAGGCAGCAUCUCGUUGGAUAAAGACCAUACUUUGCUCAACUUGGCCACGACAUGGAAAGAGACUUUUUGGGGGCAGCUCCGCAGUACCUUGCCGUAGACAAAAAGAUGAAGAGUAUGUGCUAUGAUUUCAAUAUUACAUUGUCUUCAAAAAAACAUUCCCUGCCCAAACCAAACAAACUCAGGGGACUGUGUUGAACGACUUAAAAAAAGGGUUGUGUUAUUUGUCAUAAUAGACGUUGGAUUCUAAGUGA